AUGGAGGGCAGAGAUUUCCGAAAAGAUAUGAGAUUGACUAGCCAGCUGGGUUGGUUUGGCUAUUCUUUUCUAUUGAAAAUGAGUAUUUGCUCUCUGAUUCAUACUCCUCUUGAUCUUCUUUUUAUGAUAGAACUUCGCUUCGUCUGUUCCAUCACUUCCGGUGAGGGACGAAUGGCUGGAAAAGUCGUUGCCGGAGAGGUACACGAGCUUGAGGUUGAGGCAGCAGGCAAAGGGGGAGAGGGUGCCGUUGAGGCGGUUGCCGCGGAAGUCAAGGAGACGGAGCUUGUCAAAGGAUGCGAAGGAGUAUGUGGCUACGAAGGGUUAGGGGUAACCAACCCAGAGGCUUGA